UCGCAGCUUUUCGGAUAGCCUUGCAUUUCUAAAAGAGACCGGGAAGCCGCGAAACGGAUGGAAAUAGCAUCACGAGAAGGUACAGACAGACAAGAGUCGUUCUACUAUCUCACCCUCUCCUGAUCCCUCAGCUUCGGCAACCGAAAUCGAAUUUGCUGCUCUUCAGGCUCGACAGGAGAGUGUUAACGAAAGGGAUUAAAUUCCAUAUUCGAUUCAUUUGAUUGUGUGACAUCUCGACUUCUAUUAAUACAUAAUGGGAGAAUCAGGGGAAGAAUAUACUCCAUCAGAAUCACCCACUCUUGUCAAUAUCAGAAGAAGAGACGAUAUAUGGCCCCCAAAAUAUUCCACUGUAAGGCAUCUCCCUAGAGUCGGUUUCUCUCCAACAAUCAUGGGGGAAGCCGGGAAGGGAAAGAAAUUCGUCUGGCCCCCACCGAAACCAGGUCAAGAACAUGGCGUUAAUGGUGUCGGCCAUCUAUCCCACGGCAAAGUCCAAGAUGCUUGGAAUCCUGAAGCCAAUGCCCUGGGAAAUAGACCUCCACCUUUCGCUCCAAGAACAGCCCCUGUACGUAGGUGUACAGACGAGAUUUGGCCACCAAAGGGUAGCGAAUAUCAACCUCACAUGGCAUCCUCUCCAAAACCAGUGAAGUCAAUGGGAAGGUUUGAGGACUAUAUAAAAUACAAAAGAGGACCAUCCGUUCCACCUACUUACAGAAUGCCACCAGGAACCCAACAUAUCCAGUACACGGAAUUGGAAGGCGAAUAUAUACACGAGUCCAAGACGACAACUACUACAAUGAUGUCAAACAGCACGGCUGUUCGAAAUGAAACUCAUGUCACCUUCCAACCCCAACCUACCACUAGGAGGAUAGAACCAGAGGAAGAAGAAGAGGAGGAAGAAGAGGAGGAAGAAGAAGAGGAGGAAGAGGAAGAGGAGGAAGAAGAAAGUGAUGAAGAAUAAUGUGUGAUCAUGAUACAUACGUAAUAGUGGGAUUCCUGAGGAAAAAGAGGCGAAGAUAUGUGUUGUCAUCGUGAUUUCAUUUUUGUUACCGAAAUGUAUAUCUGCGCGUGAGGAUAUGUAAAGCAAAAUUUUUUAAGUGUCGAAUCUACAAAUCAAAACCUUUUAGUUGAGAAGCUUUAGAUAAGUAUUGUUAUGUAUUUAUUUGAAAAGACACAGAAACAUUUUGCUUUAUUCCCUCCAAUAAGCUGCAUUCAGCUUUAUAGUAAAAUUAAUUGCUUUGAAGAGGUAGUAAACCACUUUUAUUAUUAAAUUUAAAAAGUAGAGAUUUUUUUAUGUUGUAGCAUAUGCUUUUAUAUCUCAUAAUGCAUUCAAAAAGAGACUGGAAAAAAAAUACCUAUCUUUUCAACAUUUUUUUUUCUUUCAAUAGUCUGUAAAUUUGCGUUUUUAUGAAUUAUAUUCAGUAAAUGCAACUUUAGAUUAGAGUGCUGCUUUUUUGACGAUUUUUUGAUUUUUUUUCAA